AUGAAUGAUUUGGCCACAUUUGUUGCCGGAGAGUUCUUUUCAAGGGAUGACAAUCGGAUGGCGACGGAAGAUUUAGCAAGGUACCGCCACAUGUCAUUUAUUCGUGAUAAAUAUGUAGCUUACCACAAGUUUGAGGACUUCAAGAGAGCUAAAGGUUUGAGAACAUUGUUGCCGGUAAAUGUUGGGGUGGAUCAAAGUUGGGACAAAUUUUACUUAUCCAGCAAGAUUUUGGCUGACUUACUUCCUGAGUUACCGUUAUUAAGGGUUCUUUGUUUGAGUCGUUUUAUUAUAAGUGAGGUACCGAAUUCCAUUGGUAGUUUGAAGCACCUGAGGUAUCUUAAUCUAUCUCAUACAAAUAUUCAAGAGUUGCCUGACAAUCUUUAUAAUUUGCAGACAUUGAUAGUUUCUGGAUGUAAAAGUCUGACCAAUUUGCCUAAAAGCUUCUUUAAACUCAAAAGGCCGAGGCAUUUUGACAUAAGAAAUACUCCACUUUUGAAGAAGUUGCCUUUGGGAAUUGGUGAGUUGAAAAGCCUACAGACUCUCACUAGGAUCAUCAUUGGAGGAAACAGUGGCUUUGCAAUAACCGAGCUUAAGGGAUUAAAGGAUUUGCACGGGGAAAUUUCCAUCGAGGGUUUGAACAAAGUGCAAAGCUCAAUACAUGCACGUCAAGCAAACUUAUAUUUAAAAGAGAUUAGCAAGUUAGAGUUGAAAUGGGAUGAUGGUUCUGGAAGUGAAACACUUGAGACAGAGGUUCUCAAUGAGCUAAAGCCCAGAAAUGAUAAGUUGAAAAUGCUUGAGGUUGAGUGUUAUGAAGGAAUAGAGUUUCCAAAUUGGGUUGGGGAUCCGUCUUUUAAUCGGUUGGUUCACGUGUCGCUACGCACUUGUAGGAAAUGUACAUCUAUACCGCCACUUGGGCGACUACCUUCACUUGAAAUUCUAAGGUUUGAAGAUAUGUCGAGUUGGGAGGUAUGGUCAACCAAUGGUGAGGUAAUGUUUCCAUGCCUUCGAGAACUUCAAAUAAAAAAAUGUCCCAAUUUGAUUGAUGUCUCACUUGAAGCAUUACCUUCACUAAGAGUAUUAACAAUAAUUGAAUGUUGUGAAAGUGUGCUGAGAAGUCUGGUUCAAGCAGCCUCAUCAACCACUAAAUUGAAAAUAAGAUCAAUUUUAGGGCUUACGGAUGAGGUGUGGAGAGGUGUUAUAGAGUAUCUUGGGGCGGUUGAAGAACUAAGCAUACAACAUUGUGAUGAAAUAAGAUACAUGUGGGAAUCAAAUACAGAGGCAAGUAAAGUUCUUGUAUAUUUAAAGGAAUUGAAGGUAUCUGAAUGUAAAAAAUUGGUGAGUUUAGGAGAGAAAGAGGAAGAUGAGGAUAACAUUGGGAGCAACCUCCUAUCAUCUCUUAGGAUUUUGGAUGUAAAGGAAUGUAAGAGUAUGGAGCUUUUGUGUUGUCCAAAUAGCAUUGAGAGAUUAGUUAUCGAAUGGUGUAGUUCAGUUAGACACGUCUCCUUCCCAAGAACAACAACAACAGGUGGAGGAGGGGAAAAUCUCAAGUCACUUACUAUACAUGUAUGUGAAAAUCUGAAAUCAAUAAAUCAAUUGAGUAACUCCACUCACCUCACCUCUUUGUCAAUAACUUAUUGUCAAAACAUGGAGUUAUUUUUUGAUCUUCAUCAGCUAUCAAAUCUCACCUCGUUGUUUAUAUCAGGUUGUGAAAGCAUAGAGUCAUUUCCUAACCUCCAGCUGCCAAAUCUCGCACAUCUGGGCAUAACAGGUUGCAAAAACAUGAAGGCAUUUGGCAACCUGCAGCUACCAAAUCUAAUCAGUUGGUGGAUAGAAGAUUGUGAAAAUCUGGAGUCAUUUCCUGACCUUCAGCUAUCCAAUCUCACCAUGUUACAACAUAUGCGUAUCACAACAUGUCCAAUGACUGAUGCUUCCUUUCCUCGUGGGCUUUGGCCUCCCAAAUUGGUUACACUUGAAGUAGGGGGGUUGAAAAAGCCCAUCUCAGAAUGGGGCAAUCAGAAUUUCCCAGCUUCCCUUGUUCACCUAACAUUACAUAAUGAACCAGAUGUGAGGAAUUUUAGUCAAUUGUCCCACCUUUUCCCUCCUUCUCUUACUAGUCUGCACAUAGGAAAAUUUGAUAAACUAGAAUCACUUUCAACGGGACUCCAACACCUCACAUCCCUUCAACAUCUCACCAUUUACAACUGCCCAAAGGUGAACGAUCUACCAGAGACGUUGUUACCUUCGCUUUUGAGUUUAAGAAUACCUUUUGGAUGCCCAAAAUUGAAAGAAAGGUGUGAAGGAAGAGGCUCCCACUACUGGCCCCGAAUCUCUCAUAUCCCCAAAAUCGAAAUAGACUUAGGGUACUUUUAUACUGAAGACCCUCUAAUUUCCAUAUGGUAA